AUACACAUGCGCACACACUGAAACUUAACGAAUCAAAGUCGGCCAACGCUUAACCGUUGUCUUUGGCUUGUAGAGCGUCGAAAAAUCUGCGUUCAUCUGACGAUACGCCACAGCUAAGACGUGUUGUCGUGGCCGCUUUGGUUCACAACACGUUUGUCGACCACAACUGCGUGACAUCGGUCGACGGAAAGAAGCGAAAGUCGAGAAAGUCCCAUUUUCUCAUUGGCCGGAAUCGCUCCAGAACUCUAGCCGGAGAACGAAAGCUAGCCGUCGUGUUUCACACCCAGAUCUCCAGAUAACGGGAACAUCAUAGCUACUUCUCUCUUGUCGAGAUUUUGGAACUUGCGUGAUGGCGUGUGGAGCUACUUUGAAAAGGACUCUGGAUUUUGAUCCAUUAAUGACCCAAGCUUCUCCCAAGAGGAGGAGGUGCACCCCGAUCCGGUCUCCCGUCACUUCACCGCAGAAGUACCUCCGUCUGGAGCCUUCCCCGUUCGGACAAGUGUCGUCCAGACUCACCACAGAACAAAUCCUUCAAAACAUCAAGCAGGAGUACAAGCGGCUGAAACGACGAAACUUGGACAGUACUUUCCAGCAAGUAGAUAGCUUCUCUCCUCUGGACAUGCACAACAUCCCUAGUGGAUCCUCUAGUUCAGGUUCAUGCUCAGGCUCUUCAUCUCCCACUAGAAAAGAGCAGCCCCUAUUUUCCCUUCGACAGGUGGGGAUGAUCUGUGAAAGACUACUUAAGGACAACGAGGACAAAAUCCGGGAGGAGUACGACGAGAUCCUGACCAAAAAAUUAGCAGAGCAAUACGAUGCCUUUGUAAAGUUCACACAUGAUCAGCUGAUGCGGAGGUUUGGAGAGCAGCCUGCUAGCUAUGUUUCUUGAGUGGAUGCGGAAAAUAAUCCAAUCUACUGGAACCUCAGUGGUCUGCUUGGACUAUAUCCUACCUGUGCCAAUAUCACCUCCCAGUGGACUAGAUGGACUAGUCUGCAACUUUCACAUUUUUUGCUGCUUGCUCCAGCAGUUUGGGAAGCAUUCUCUGCUGUUGACAAUUCCUCAGACCCUCUGUAACUUUCACCUGUGGCCUCGCAACAUUUACUUGGCUUUCUUCUCUGGAUGCCUUCAGAUAGACGAGGUUGACUGCCUCAAACUCUGGCCUUUUCAAUUCAAUUGUCCUUCUUUUACGUAAGUUUUGUUUGUAAAUUUUGGAAAAGGGAUUCAAAGCUGUUCAAAGUAGUUUUCAGACCAGACUUGAAGGGAAAACUGAUUUUGUUUUGCACCGUUUUGGCAUUUAUUGCUUCUAUACAUUUGUAUACACUGUAUUUUUAUUUUAUACAUUUUUAAGUUUGAAUUUUAUUCCUAUUACAAAAACAUGUUUCGCUUGUUGUAGUAAAAAGGGGUUUAAACUUGGGAAAACUAAUAAACAUGUUUCCACUGCUAAUUUUUUUUCACUUUGCGUUGAUUACCUGGUUGUAACACACCUUUGAAAUGUAUGGAUUUGUUUGACUACAAUGCCAUUUUAAGGCCCACCUUGUGCACACAGAAAGACAAACGCAUUUAUUUGGUCUUCACCUUUGUCCUGUUGGAAAAAAUAAA